AUCCCAGAUAAUGAGAAGGGAAGUGUUUAUUGCGCUUUCCUGGGCAAUUAGAACACGGUUAAUGUAUCCACUCGAUGACGUCUUUACAGACGAACAUGACACCAGCUCUUCACGUAUGGACAGGUGACACUCCCUGCCAUAGAUAGAGUGGUUCUCCUGUCAAAUCCGAGCUCAUCAGCUCCAUCUCAGAAGUCAAAAUAACUGACUCACGUCUCAUCUUCUUAAUUUAUUAAUGUCACCUGCAUUAGGUCACUUGCUUAAACGACAAUAUCCCCUCCAGAUGAUAGAAGUGGUUGAGGUUAGGUCACUCUAAUUCUCUACCCCAAUUAUAUAUUAACAGUAUCUCUCAGCUGCAGUAUUUUCAAACCCUUUAUUGAUGAUGUCUCUCCCCUUCACAUCUCUCCGCCAUCGGCUUUCAUGGCCUCUGAUACUCUAUUCUGCUACAUGGACGUCUCUCCUAACGCUGACAGUGGCAGUGGCCUCGUUCUCCCCCGAGUUUGCAUUUGUAUUAACAAUAUCUUCGUUUUCGCAAGGGUGUGAACAGGAGGGGACUGUUAGGGUUCCACUAGACGUGCCAGGAGAGGUCAUGUGCUUGCCCGCUCACCUCUUCAAAAGGUCUACUGUGACUGAUUCCAUUGUUUCUCUCCUCUUUGCAGCGCUAGUGGUUGCUGUCUCAACCUGGGUGGUUCGAGCCAUGGGCUUGUGGGAGGACGAUGAGGCCACCCUCUAAGCAUUGUUUUCCUCUUGGAUGAGCAGACUAAAAGCAUUCCUCCAUUCAUCAUAUAUAAAGCGGAUAGCUGAAAAUAGGAUGAUGGCUCGAGCAUUCAUUAGGUUUUAAAGCUGUUUUAUUAUUAUUAUUAUUAUUAUUGAUGUCAAGGUUCAAUAUUGCUUGGACAAUUUCUAUUUAAAAAUUCGCAUGAGAUUUGAGAUGUCUGGAAAGCUGUUGAUCCGGACAAGGAUGCGAGUUCUUCGAUCAAAUAAUUCCAGGACUAUUGCAUCGUGACAUGCAGGCGUUUUCACCGUAAUUUUUUCAAUGUGAAAUUACAGAACACAAGAACACUCUUGUAAUUUAGUUUUGGAGGAGGGCGAAAUACAAAUGUAUUGAUCCAAAAUAAAUAAACUUUUAAAUAACGUAUGAAUAUGAAAUUUCUCCUACUUAAA